ACAGCGCUCCAAGAGCUUCAGGCGUACCUUAGCAAAGAUCAGUGGAUCCGGACAACGGCGAUGGAUUUUAAUACUUUUGCAUCACGCGUUGGUUCUAGUUACUUCGAAAUAAAGAGGCCACUUUUCGUCAUUUUGAAUGACUCCGAUGACGUGAAGCAAGACUUUGCUGAGAUCGCGAACUGGAUUGACAUGUCAUAUCCAACGUGGCUGAUUUUCUUCCGAAAUGAAACUGCGAUUGAUGAUUUUUUCGAAAAUAUUUACGUGCCAUUCGACUGCAAGUUGAUGGUCAUACAAAACGACGAAAGUAGACCGAAUCGGGACACCAUUACUGAGAUUUACCAAAUAAGUCGUGACAAAGAGAUAAAGCACGCGAGAUUUGGAACAUGGAGUUAUUCCGAUGGAAUACGAACACCGAGAUUAGGAUUGUAUCAGCGGAGAAACGAUCUCUUCGGCCAAACCAUUCGAGUCACUUCCAUUUACGAUCCACCGGGAUCUUUGAUAGAUCGCGACGAAGAUGGAAACAUGGUUGGGCUUGGAGGCUUUUUUGGUGGAAUCAUGCAAUUGCUGGAGGAAAAUAUGAAUUGCACGUUAACGUAUCUCGAAUCUAAAACGUGGGGCCACCGGUUGGCUAAUGGCACCUGGACGGGAACCAUUGGCAUGCUAAUCGAAGACGAAGUUGAUGUUGUGGCUGCAGAACUCAUGAUGACUCGAGAUCGCCUCGAGGCCAUAGAAUUCACAACGCCAGUUUAUACGACUAAGUGUCGCACUUUCAUAAAAAGACCUUCAACAACAUCCCUAAAGUGGGAGGCUUACGUCGCCCCAUUUACAUGGGGGAUUUGGAGUGCGAUUGGUGUUAUAAUCAUCGUAACGAGCCUGACGAUUUCUCUCGUUAAAUCAAUCGUACCGAUCAUAUCAGAACAUAUAAAAGACGAGAAAAAUUUGAGUUCUAGUUUCUCCGAUAUACUUCUCGAAGUUUUCGGAGCUUUUUGCAGCCAAGGCAUGGAGCAGUCUCUGUUAGAUCCAAUUCGAAUUAUUCAUCUCGUGAUACAUCUUACGGGCGUGGUUGUCUUGGCUGCUUAUUCGGCAGCUCUGAUAAGUUCUUUGGCGACGAAAACUUUCGUGAUGCCAUUUACGACGAUGGAAGGCUUUUUGCGAGAUGGCACUUACAGAUUCGGCGUGGUCGGAGACUCGGCGGAUUUCGGUUUUUUUCAGAAUACAACGGACGAAAUUCUCAAAGUACUGUUCGAUGAUGUUCUGACGAAAGAAACGGAGUUACCGGGUACUUAUUUGGACGGAUUGACGAAAGUUUGCGAAGAAGAUAAAUAUGGCUUCAUGACGUUGGACAACGUCGUGUCACAGUUGCAGCCGAAAGUCAGUUGCAAACUCGAGCCUCUGGACACAAUAACGCAGUCCUCGAUCGCAAUGGCCGUAGCGCCACGAAGCCCGUACAAAGGAAUUAUUGACAGCAACAUAUUGUUGAUUCGCGACAGUGGAAUUCUCCAACGUUUGUUAAAUUCCGAAUGGAUGCUUUCAAAUAAAAAAAGUGACAGCGGCUGGACGACUGUUGAGAUAGAGGACGUCUUGCCUCUCAUCAUUGUCAUAAUAUUCGGAGCAUUUUUCAGCUUUUUGGCUCUCGGUAGCGAACAUAUCGUGACGAUCAAGAAGAAGAAGAAGCUCGUCAUCGGGAAAAAGAGAUUGAAAAAAUCGAAUUUAGUGCCAACAAUCAUUUUGAAAAAGCACAACGGAGUUCCCCUUAAUUUAGCCAGAUUUUAAUACUUUUCCUUCGUAAUUAAUGU